GACGCUCUAUGCUCUGAUCCAGAGCCCUUAGUAUAUGUAACUGGUUCUGCUCUUGAUCUAACGGUAGAACGAUUUCCAUGGUUACGUACCAGCUGACUCUGUAUUCCGGAAACCGUCAUCGAGCUAAAAUAUUCUAUACCGAAGGUAGCGAACAAGUGAGGACAUAGCUAAUCAAUAGUUAGCUCGCUAGCAAGUAGACAUGAGUGCAGAAACGGACCAUCGCCGACGAAAACCUGGCACAAAACCUAUUUAUCAACCAGCCAAUAAUGGUGCGCAGGGCCCAACCUCACAGAUUCCAGGACUGUCAAACAGUGCCAACACAGCUCCUGUGGAGAAGACCCGUGGACGUCGCGUCGGUAUAUUCGAGACCGAUUCAGAUUAUGUCAAACUUGCCAAACAAGGCGGCCAACGGGGUUUACUGUGGCAUGAGGAAACCAAUUUGGAGACCAAGCCAAAUGCAGACUACAAGCCCCCUGACUGGUUCUCUGCCUCAGACAAGGAACAAUACCCUUCUAAAAGCCCAGAGCUUAUGACACCUGAAGAGGAUGUGGACAGUCCGUCUAAGGGGGCCAUACCCAAUGCUCCCUUUGGGAGCGAUAAUAAAUCCACUUGGGAGCGGGAAGCUGAUAGCUUUACUAUUAAUAAAGAUAAGAUCAUGACGGCCGACCGUGCUGCUGAACAGAUGAAGAAGAUGAACCUGACCUCAGGACCUGAGCCUGAGGCAAACAAGUACAAGAGAACAUCCUAUGACAAGAAAGCAACCCCUGUCAGCAUGUCAAAGUUGUUGAGCUUUGGUUAUGUGGAGAAGUCCCCCAAAGAUGAUGAUGAUGAUGAAUCAAGUGUAACAUCUGAACCAGCAAGCUCCAUCGCCCCUGACGAGGAGGACCUGGAGUGAAGCCGAGCCAAGGAUGAGCUGCCAAUCACUACGUGCGUUCUCUCAUGCACCAUCGUCACAUUCCUCUCUUCAAUCUGAAUUCCCCAUUCAGGAUUUUAUAUUUCAGUUACGUUGGUUAUUUAUGUAAAUUCACUAGUUUUAUUAGUGUUUGGUGUAUUUUUUACUCAUUCUCAUUGUCAAGUACGGACACUUGAUAUUUGUAUGAACAUUCUCAGAUUUAAGGUGUAUUUUUAGUGGUAGCUGCUGUUCGUGUGGUACUUAUGCUGUUAACUCGCAAAAGAACAAUAUUUUCUCAAAGUGGUAUGAACGACUAACACCAAGGGCUUGUACUUGACUCAUUUGCUUAUGCACUAAGUCUCCGUAAGUAUUAUUGCACCUAUUGCUUUAAGCUGUGGGAAGGAACCGUUGUUAAGCAGGGCCAUUCAGCAGAGCUGGAAAUCGUAGCCAGUAGUGUGCUAUUGCCUAGAACGUUCUCUUUCACAUCCUCCACGAGAACAAAGGGUCUGGCUGUAUUAAAUUCAAAUGCAAUGCAGAACUGCAUCCGAUUUUCAAACUCAAACCAGAUUCUCAAUUUCAGGCUUCAUUCUCUCCACUACUGUAUAGUGUACAAGUGCAUGAUGAUCAGUUUAGGAUUUUGUGAUAUUUCAGUAACAACUUUUGCCUGAUUGACAUUUUCCAUUUUCUUAUGUGAGACUGUUCAUAAAUGCUGUUCCAUUGUCAUUUUGGUAUUGUUUGGUAUGAAAGUUGGAAGUUUUACGGAUGCUUUAGUAAACAUCCUUCAUUAAAAAAGAGACAUGACAUUGCAUUAUGUAUGGUCAUCUUACAUUUUGACCUUAAGUGAAGGUUCCGAUUUGUUGUUGAUUGAAAUAUCUCAAACAAUAAACUUGCAUGGGCAUGUGA